UAUAUAUAUCAGUAUUGCUCACCAACAAAGAAAAGGAAGCAGUGAGACAGAGUAGAGAGUCGCGAAGAAGGGGAGAGUUAGAAAGAGAGAGAUAGAGGAAAAGGACAGGACUGCCCUCAAUUCCAUGGAUUUGGAUGAUCCCAUGCACCUAUUAGCGGGAAUCUCUUGAGAACAAAACAAAACAUGUCUUCCCAUUCUAUCCACCAGCCCUUUCUCACAGGCUUCUCUCCGAUUCCUUAUUCUUCUAUUUCCUUCUCCGACAAACAUCCUCCCAUACCAUUUGCAGGCAAUUUGCGGUUAUGGGGAAAAGACAAAGGUGAAAACUUUGAUAUUCGUCCUCUAUGCAGUGCUAUAUCCAAACCCCGCACUCAAGAAUAUGCUGGCGUGUUACAAAACGGUCUGCCAGUGAUAAAGUGGAAGGAGAUUGUGGAUGAUGACAUAGAAGAAGUGGAAGCUCUUAAGGUUUUCGAAUCGAAUAAGAUAAAGGAACGUGUUGACACCAUUAAAUCCAUGUUGGGAUCCAUGGAGGAUGGAGAGAUAAGCAGCUCAGCUUAUGACACAGCCUGGGCCGCUCUCGUUGAAGACGUUAACCGCGGCGGAACUCCUCAGUUUCCUUCUAGCCUUGAAUGGAUUGCAAACAAUCAGCUCCCUGAUGGAUCAUGGGGUGAUAGACAAAUUUUUAUGGCGCAUGAUCGAUUGAUCAACACUUUAGCAUGUGUUGUUGCGUUGAAAACAUGGGAUGUUCAUCCAGACAAAUGCGAGAAAGGAGUGUCAUUUUUCAAAGAGAACAUAAGCAAACUCGAAAAUGAAAAUGCGGAGCAUAUGCCUAUCGGCUUUGAAGUGGCUUUUCCUUCUCUUCUCGAAAUAGCUAGAAGUUUAAACAUUGAAGCACCGUAUGAUUCCCGUGUCUUUCAAGACAUCUAUGCAAAGAGAAGUCUAAAGCUCACAAGGAUACCAAAAGAGAUAAUGCAGAAUGUGCCCACAACACUACUCCAUAGCCUUGAGGGGAUGCCAGGAUUGGACUGGGAAAAGCUUCUGAAGUUACAGUGCCAAGAUGGGUCAUUCUUGUUCUCUCCAUCCUCCACUGCCUUCGCACUCAUGCAAACUAAAGAUGAGAAUUGUCACAGAUAUUUAAACAAAACUGUUCAAAGAUUCAAUGGGGGAGUCCCCAAUGUGUACCCGGUUGACCUGUUCGAACACAUUUGGACUGUCGACCGCUUGCAACGCCUUGGAAUCUCAAGAUAUUUCCAGCCAGAAAUUAAAGAAUGCCUAGACUAUGUGUAUAGAUACUGGACUGAAGAUGGAAUUUCUUGGGCCAGAAAUACUAGGGUUCAAGACAUUGACGACACGGCCAUGGGGUUCAGGUUACUUAGACUACAUGGAUACGAGGUUUCUGCUGACGUUUUCCGACAUUUUGAGAAAGGAGGCGAGUUCUUCUGCUUUGUUGGGCAGUCUAACCAAGCUGUAACCGGGAUUUUCAACCUGUUCAGGGCUUCCCAGGUGAUGUUCCCUGGAGACAAGAUUCUCGAGGAUGCCAAGCGGUUUUCAUCCAAGUUCUUAACAGAAAAACAAGCUGCUGAUGAACUUCUAGACAAAUGGAUCAUAACCAAAGACUUACCUGGUGAGGUUGGGUUCGCAUUGAAGAUUCCAUGGUAUGCAAGCCUGCCUAGAGUGGAAACCAGAUUUUACAUAGAGCAAUAUGGGGGCGAAGAUGACGUAUGGAUUGGAAAGACUCUUUACAGGAUGCGUUAUGUGAACAACAAUGUGUACCUUGAGCUUGCAAAACUAGACUACAAUAAUUGCCAAGCUUUACAUCAGAUGGAAUGGAAUAGUAUACAAAAGUGGUACUCGGAAAUGAAUCUUGGUGAUUUUGGGGUGAGCAGAAGAUCUCUUCUCUUAACUUAUUUCAUGGCAGCAGCCAGCAUAUUCGAGCCAGAAAGGUCACAAGAGCGGCUGGCAUGGGCUAAGACUGCCUUCUUGGUUGAGGCCAUCGCAUCUUCUUUUGACAAUGAAAUGAGACCUAGUGAGCAGAGAAAAGCAUUUGUCCAAGUCUUCAGAAGUGUUGUUGAUGCACGAUUUAGCCACAUAAAUGGAAGGAAGUUGGACUCAAACAGGAGGGUACAGAAGCUGAUAGACACUUUGCUUCGGACCCUGAACCACCUAUCAUUGGAUGCACUUGUGGCUCAUGGUCGAGACAUUAGCUGCAGCAUUCGCCGUGCUUGGGAAAAGUGGAUGCUGAUGUGGCUAGAGGAAGGCGACAGGCACCACGGAGUAGCAGAGUUAGUGGUGCAAACGAUAAAUCUUAGCUCGGGCCGUUGGUCCUUGGAGGAGCUGUUGUCUCAUCCUCAAUACGAGCGACUCUCCAGUCUCACCAAUACAGUUUGCCAUCAGCUUUGUCACUACCAAAAGCAAAAGGUACAUGACAAUGGGUGCUAUAAUACUGAUACGGGCAACAGCAGAAGCCAGAAAAUAGAGUCCGACAUGCAACAGCUUGUUCAAUCAGUACUGCAACAUUGCUCAGAUGGCAUCAACCCAGAUAUCAAGCAUACGUUUCUUACAGUGGCAAGGAGUUAUUAUUAUGCUGCACACUGUGACUUAGAGACCAUCACAUUUCACAUUGCUAAAGUACUCUUUGAGAAAGUACGCUGAUCAAUCCUUUUAUCAAAGGUUGAUGUGACCAGUUUUGCGCAUCAAUUCCAUUUAUGUGUAAAGCAAGUUGUUAAAAGGGAAAUUGAUCAUUUAGAUCUGAUUUCAAGGCCACAGAAAAAUCCAACAAAUCUUUUUAGUCCUUGAGAUACAUAGGGUCCUCAUGAAAACAAAUAGACAAAUGAUAAAAGCAAUGGCUAUAUAUAUGCCUUUGACAAGAUCCAUCGUUUGUCCAGUUAUACAAAAUAUCUGGUCAUCUUGAUUUUGAUCAUGCAACUUA